AUGCGGCCAGUGGUUCACGGGCGCUCGGUGCACUCGGGGGUGUGCUACCAGGGACUGAAGCCCGCCAAGGGGGCCGUGAAGGAAGAGCAGAUGUGCCCGUGCAAGAAGAAAGAUGCGGCAUGUCUUCUGCGCGGCCAGGGGCGGUCUCAGCAUGGGGGCGAGGCUGCCUGGCAGGCGCUCGCCCCAGUGCCCAAACCUUUGUUGGGAACCGAGGGGGGCCCGAUGCCGAUUCAUCCGGGCAUGCUGAGAGGCCUGAGGUUUGCCGACGCCGAGCGCGGCAACGACGGCGGAUCCUGGGGCUACCGGAGGGCGGCGAACUCGGCGGCUGCCGCGGUGGCGAACCUCUCGAGGGGCGAAGCCUUUCAGGUGGAGGUGAGGGCGGCUCAGAGGCGGCCCGAGUCGGCGAAGCGCAAGGCCGAGAGGGUCGACGACCAGGUGGAAGUGGAGAACCAGCAGCAGGAGAAGCAGCUGGAGGAGAUGAAGGCACUCAUCGCCGGGGUCGUAAUGACUCAGCAGGCCCAAGGUGAGGUCAUCGCGAAGGUCAACUCCACGGUGAACGAGCAGAUGACAGCGCUGGCCACCAUCCGGGGCGAAGCCCAGGAGGCGA